CACACAUCUCAUCCCAUCCCAUGCGUUCAUUUUUGUGACCAAAAGCGCGUAUACUAAAACAAAUAAAAACUGCAGUGUAGUGUAUUACAGUACUACUACUAACUAAAUCACAAAAAACUCUUUUCUGCAAAAAAAUGAAUCACAAUGCUCUUCUUCACGGUUUUUAAGUGCAACAUUCCAAAACCAUAAUCAUCUCAAUUCCCCAACUUGCUUACUUAAUUAUUUACAACUUGAUUCGAUCUAAAUCUCUCGCAAAUCACAAACCCCUCUUUUCUCUUCAAUUUUCAAUAUCUACUUCUCUCUCUCUCUCUCUCUCUCUCUCUCUCUCUCUCUCUCUCUCUCUCUCGGUAAUUGAGCAAAGAUGGGUGAAGGAGAACGUUUUCAGCUGGGAACAGUGGGAGCUUUAUCUCUUUCUGUGGUGUCUUCUGUCUCCAUUGUUAUUUGCAACAAAGCCCUCAUGAGUUCACUCCAUUUCAUUUUUGCUACAACUCUGACAAGCUGGCAUCUACUUGUCACAUUUUGUUCCCUUCAUUUGGCACUCAAAAUGAGAUUCUUCGAGCACAAGGCUUUUGAGCAGAAAGCCGUAGUUGGAUUUGGGAUUUUAAAUGGAAUCUCAAUUGGACUUUUAAAUUUGAGCCUAGGGUUCAAUUCUGUCGGCUUCUACCAAAUGACAAAGCUUGCAAUCAUUCCAUGUACUGUACUGUUGGAGACCCUUUUUCUCGGGAAGAAAUUCAGUAAAAGAAUUCAAUUUUCCCUAUCUAUCCUCCUCAUGGGUGUUGGAAUUGCAACAGUCACAGAUUUGCAGUUGAAUGCUCUGGGAUCUUUCUUAUCUCUUCUGGCGGUGAUUACAACAUGUGUUGCUCAGAUUAUGACAAAUACUAUCCAGAAGAAGUACAAGGUUUCUUCUACCCAGCUUCUAUACCAAUCAUGUCCAUAUCAAGCAGCAACCCUGUUAAUCUCUGGUCCAUAUCUGGAUAAACUUUUAACCGACCAAAAUGUAUUUGGUUUCAAGUACACAACGCAAGUGACGGUUUUCAUUGUUCUUUCCUGCCUGAUCUCAAUUUCUGUCAAUUUUAGUACAUUUCUUGUUAUUGGAAAGACAUCUCCAGUCACUUAUCAGGUUCUUGGACACCUGAAGACAUGCCUUGUAUUGGCAUUUGGUUAUACUUUGCUCCAAGACCCAUUCAGCUGGAGAAACAUAAUGGGUAUUUUGUUGGCCAUGGUUGGGAUGAUUCUCUAUUCUUACUAUUGUACUCUUGAGAAUCAGCAAAAAGCUGUUGAAGCCGCGGCACAAGCAUCCCAGGCAAGAGAAGGUGAAUCUGAUCCUUUCAUUAGUAUGGAAAAAGGAAGCGAUGCUGUGAUUGACCCUGUAGGACAUAAGUCCCCUGUCUGGAACAAAGACAAAGACUAGUAUGCUUAUGUGCUUUGUUAAAUCAUUGUCGAGAAACAGUUAUAGUUUUUAUAGAGGGUUAAAACCCAUAAACCAUAUGGAAUUUAGGAAGUGCUGCCAAAUCCGUCGUAUUUUUUAGUCUAGCGUUUUGUGAAUCGUUUUCCAACUAUCAAUAUUAGGGAGAUGAGCAAUUAUAUGGUCAUGUCGCAAUUCUCUUGGCCACAAAUAUGGCUCAGAUUAGUAGCAGACAUUUCUUGGUGAUGUUUUCACAUCAUGUUACAUUCAUAAUUUUAUAUACAUAUCCAAACUUUUUUCUUUUGUUAA